UCCAAAUUAUAAUUCUAUUGUCUUCAUAAUCAUUUCCGUCAUAUUUUCCACUUCAUUGAAUUUCGAUUGAGUAUAAAAGUUCGUGGAAAAUCAUGAAAUGUCUUAGUUUGACUUGGGACAUCUUGAAAUAUUUUUGGUUGAAUUAUUAAAGUGGGAAAGAUGAGAGAAAUUGUUCAUAUUCAAGCUGGCCAAUGUGGAAAUCAAAUAGGUGCAAAGUUUUGGGAAAUUAUCUCCGAUGAGCAUGGCAUUGAUUCAGCGGGAAUUUAUAAAGGCGAUUCUGAUCUUCAGCUGGAAAGAAUUAACGUUUAUUACAAUGAGACAACCGGCGGUUGUAAAUUCGUUCCACGAGCGAUUCUCAUCGACCUUGAACCAGGAACAAUUGAAAGCUUGAGAAUGUCGUCAAUUGGCAAGCUUUUCCGACCAGAUAAUUUUGUCUUUGGUCAGUCUGGAGCUGGGAAUAAUUGGGCUAAAGGACAUUACACUGAAGGUGCAGAACUUGUCGAUUCUGUCAUGGAUGUUGUUCGGAAAGAAACUGAAUCGUGCGAUUGUUUGCAAGGCUUUCAACUAACCCAUUCAUUAGGUGGUGGGACCGGGUCAGGAUUGGGAACUUUGUUGAUUUCUAAAAUGCGAGAAGAAUUUCCUGAUCGUAUUAUGAACACUUACUCAGUUGUUCCAUCACCAAAAGUUUCCGAUACUGUCGUUGAACCUUACAAUUCAACACUUUCGAUUCAUCAACUUGUCGAGAACACUGACGAAACUUAUUGUAUCGACAAUGAAGCACUUUAUGAUAUUUGCUUCCGUACAUUGAAGUUAACGACACCCACAUACGGUGAUUUGAAUCAUCUCGUCUCGUUGACAAUGUCAGGCGUUACCACAUGCUUAAGGUUUCCAGGACAACUUAAUGCGGAUUUACGUAAACUUGCUGUCAACAUGGUUCCUUUUCCUCGAUUACACUUCUUUAUGCCGGGCUUUACACCGCUUGUUGCACGUGGAUCUCAACAAUAUCGAUCGUUAUCAGUCCCAGAAUUAGCGCAACAAAUGUUCGACUCGAAGAAUAUGAUGGCAGCUUGCGAUCCUCGUCAUGGACGUUACUUGACAGUGGCAGCAGUUUUCCGAGGUCGAAUGUCAAUGAAGGAGAUUGACGAACAAAUGUUAUCAAUUCAAAAUAAAAACAGCGCGUAUUUCGUCGAGUGGAUUCCCAACAAUGUCAAGACAGCUGUUUGUGACAUUCCACCGAAGGGCUUGAAAAUGUCAGCAACAUUCAUCGGUAACUCAACAUCGAUUCAAGAACUUUUCCGUCGUAUUUCUGAACAGUUUACGUGCAUGUUCCGUCGCAAAGCUUUCUUACAUUGGUACACAAGUGAAGGUAUGGAUGAAAUGGAAUUCACUGAAGCUGAAAGUAACAUGAACGAUCUCAUUAGUGAGUAUCAGCAGUAUCAAGAAGCCACAGCUGAAGAGUACAGUGAAUUUGAAAACGAAUUCACUAAGAAUCUCAAAUUCGAAAAAGAAUUUGAUGUUUAAAUUGAUUCAAAGAUUCUUUUAUUCCUCUCACAUCUCUGCAAACGAGAAGUUGUGAAAAUGGCUUGACGGAAAAUUGUACGAAUGAUGGAAAUAUUUCUUCAGUCAGAUAAUUUUCAAUCAUGCAAUUUUUUUGUUCUUCUCAUCCCAAUCAUAGAAAAAGUUCAUAUUUUACAUUCCACUAUUGCACUUUGAGACUUAACUGACCUAAAUAAAUGUUUUUACAGCAGCAGCUCACCGAAAAGUUCUUUUUUUGUAAAAUUGUUUUAACUUAUUCUUAAAAAGCCUUCAGUGAACCGUAACAAGCUUCGCCCAAAAAAAAUUUCUAUUGGCGUCUUAAAGUUCUAUGAGAGAAUUUUCAUGCAUAAUAAACUUUGUGUGUCGUUGUACAUGUUGUUCAUUCUUUUCAUAUGAAAUGCCUUUUGAUAUCAGACAAGAAAACUACUCACUGUAGUAGAUAGCAAAUAUUUCCUUUACACAGAAUUUCAUGCCGAACGAUAUGAUAAGAACAUAAAAGAGAAUACAUUAUCGUUUGAAGA